ACAAAAAAAAAAGACAGGGAGAGAGGAAGGAUGGAGGGCGGAGGGAAAAGAAAAAUGAUUAGAGGCAAUGAAGGCAUGAUCCGGCAUAUGAAACUAGUGCAUGUGAAAUACCAAAGCUCAGUCGGAGCAUUUUCAUCCACUGUUGUAAUGUUCAUUUGUGUUUGAGUGUAUGUUGAGUAGUGUGACUAGAUCUGUGUGUGAGGAUCAUCAACAUGACGCAGUCGUGGGCUCCACUCAUCGCCGUUUACCUGUCCAUCAACCUGGCAGCCACUCAGCACCACAGGAAAGCUCUGUAUCCAUCUGCAUAUACGAUAAAACGUGGGACAUAUUCGCUGAUCAACCCCACGUUCCAGCAUUCGGUGGAGGAUGUCAACCUGCUUUUUGAGAUCCUGCUAGCUGGAAUGCAGAUCCGAGGUGGAGAACACACCAUGCUGAUCCCAGAUGAGGAGCUCGCCUCCCUGAGGAGCGUGGAGAAACUGGAGGUCAUCUGCGAGGAUGUCCUGCCAAAGAGGCUCUCCGACAUACGCCGCCUGACAGCAGAGCUCGCCCAGCGUCGGUAUUCUCUGAGCUGGCAGGACUUUGAGAGGACGGUGCUGACCCUGGUGUACACCACUCAGACCCUGGCUCGAGUAAGCAACCAACAGCAGAGAGAGGCGUGGACAGACGCUGUGAUCCAGCUGUUCAGAGCCAUUCAAAAGGAUCUCAGACCCUCCUAAGGAAGAAUCAAAAGAUGUAUUUUUUUUUAAAGCCCUUGGUCAUCCUUUUAGUAUAUGAUGGUGUUACACAAUUCUGUCCAAUUCUUGACUUAAACUAGGACCUAGUUUUAUACAUACCCUACAUACUACAUACUUUCUACAUAGUACACUUCAGUAUAUACUAAUUGUUAUAGUAUGUUGUUUUUGUAACUCGAUUGAGUUAAGAUUUUUUUGUCAAGCUGUUUCCGAGGUCAUAGAUGAACUUUCAAACUCAAGAAACCAAGCCACUGUGCUAACAGAAAAUUAUACAAUACAUGAGCUGUCAUUCAAACUGCAACUGAAAGUCCACUGCUGAUUAUAAUUCACAAAGAAAAAGCAAAAUAUUUUUCCCAAGAAUUAAUCCUUCUUCUAACCCCAAUUGAUUUAAAUCAUCCGGUAUCUUGCUACGACAUUUGAUGCUUCCAUAUCCUAAUACCACUUUGUAUAUAUUGAGAUAUCCCACAAUCCCCACAACAUCUAGUACACCAACCCUUUCUAGUUGUUGGUGGUAGUAGUGUCUAAAAACCUGUUUUAGGACUGACAAUAAUUAACAGACAGAGGAAUAAAAAAAAAAAAGGAAUAUCUGACUGUAAAAAUGUGAAACAUCGCAUCCAUUGAUCAAUGACUGAAAAAUGUAUUCCUUCUCUAAAUAUGUAAUCAGACAGAAACAAUUCAAGACAAUAGCACAUGUCGCUUUUAUGUAAAGUACAUUUAUGUUUUACACCAGAGAUGAAGACGGGAAACAGCUGGAUAGAGAGGGGUAUCACAUGCAGCAAAGGUAACGAGCUGAAUCAAAUUGGGCCUAACCACUGGGCCACUUGGACACCUCGAUUUAAUUGCUUUAUUGUAUUAUCUCUCCGAGCUCAUAAGUGUGCACGUGUUUUUCACUCUGUAAUGCAUCAGGUUUGAUCCUACUAAUUUCUUCAUUGUGGGAAAAUUAAAUAAAACCAGCAAAGCAUCUGUGCUUUAUGUAUUUGUGUGAGCCACAGGAUGGCCUCAUUAGUUGUGUCCCAGUCGGCUCCUAUAAAUGUCCACAUGCCUGGGCACUUGCUGGAAAUGUGUCAUGAAUGUCAGCGUUUGACUACUCGCAAAUGGUGUGGGAAUUGCAAUGUACCCAUGGUUUGCAUACUGACCUUUCUGAUUAUUCUGAUCUUUGACCUACUUUAAAUCAAACUAUACGAAGUACAUUAGUUUGACAACUCCAUGCAGAGUUGCCCUGUGCUGACUGUGUAAAUGCUUGAUGUCAUCAAAUUACUCUAGAUGGCAUUAGAUGCUUUGCUCUGUUUUGAAAAGAUUGCUCAUCUCAUUUGAUUUGUCAGUAAAAGCCCUUUGAACAUAACCACAGAUCUGAACUUAAAAGCCUGUGUACAUCAAUACCCCUGAUUGCUCAUUUGAGCAAACUGUAAAAUGUUUGAUAGAUGUUUACUUCAAAGCUAUCCAUUUCCCCACUCAUUUUGGGAAAUAGGUACUUGCCGUAAUAGGCUUUCGUGCAGUUCACGUAUCUUGGAGUGGAUAGAAAGUGUAUGUCUGAUUUGUGCUGUUUUCCCUUCUUGAGUCAAUUGGUUUUACAUUUGCUUACAUUUUAGUAUUUUGGCUCACUUCAAACUUUUAUCCAGCCUUGAAAAUGUUGCUCUCCCAAUGUUUGUCAUUUCCUGCCACCAGAGCUGGCUAUUCCUCACAAGCAUUUCCUUUCCAAAAAUGUAUAUGAUGAUGAUAGGUUUUUUUUGUUUUUUCUCAGGAUUUUCGGUCUCUUUCUCAGCAUGUCAGCAUUCAUCCUAUGCCCAAGCCUCUGGUGCUGAUUCUGGAGGACUGAUUGAUGAGGAGGUGAGGGCGGUAGUGAUGAUUUUUCCUUUCAAGACAAAGGAUCAUCCUCUGCCCCUGCUCCGCUCUAACGAUGAUGAUGAUGAGUUUUGGGAUGUUUCUGGCCACUACUUGACAGAGCGUAAAGAAGCUGGGAAACGGUACAGCUCAGGAUUGCGUUCCCCAUGUUGAAUCUUGUUCCAUGUAUUGUAUGACAGUUCCCAGAUUUUAAUGUCACAUAGUUAGGGUUGAUGUUGUUAUUCACUUUUGAUAUAAAGCACACAUGUCCUUUAAUCCUUAUAACCAAAUGUUGUAUUUCCACAUUGUUAAUUGGUGAAACUUGUUUCAAGACUGUAAGUUGCUCACUGCAACUGUUUUUUAUGCUUUGGCGCUUGCAGUGUCUUUGAAGGCUGAGUUGUACUUUGUAAACAUACAAAUACUGUCAAAUUUUAAAAUUCAAUAAUUAAGAAGGAUUUGUGGUAUUAUAUACAUAUAUUUGCUAAGGCAGUCAUUAGAUUUUGCUCUAUAACUUCACUGAAUUUAUAACAUAUUGAAGACAUAAUACUGA